UGAAUCAUAAAAUACAUUGCAACUCACAAGUCAACUUUAAGUUGUGCAAAUCAUUUUAAUCACUUAUAUUUUAAUUGCUCACAUUGACUCCAUAUAAUAGCACAAUAUACAUAUAUGUAUAUAUAUAUAUAUGUAUAUAUACAUAUUUGAGAAAAAAUUAAAGAUAUAAUUAUUUAUAUAAAUUUAAUUAAAAUCGAUACUGUUUAUGAAUUUAACCUCGCAUAAUUGACAGUCAAUUACAAUUAUUGACUCCAUUUGCUAUGCUAUUGUUUAUGUCAUGUAUUAGCUGAAAUACACGUUUAUUUACAUAUAAAAUUCAUGAAGAAAUACAAAGUUUUCUCUGAAAAACCAGCCAAGAUUUACGGUAAGGAGAGUGAUAAAUAAUUUCAUUGACAAAUGUGUUAUUCAUAUAAGCGUAAGUAUAUGUGAAUGAUGUCCACACUUUUCGUUUCCCUUUUUACGUCUAAACUCUUACAUCUAGACAUAAGAUGUUUGAUUCUUUGAUUGAUAUAUUAUUCUGAUCAAUUCUGAUGUCAAUGCUAGACAACUAGAUUAGGGCUAGACCUUAGACCCUAGACCCUAGACCUUAGACCCUAAACCCCUCCUUUCAUUCUCAUUCUCAUUAUCGGUAACUGAUGUUCAGUCUGUACAUUUAUACGUCUAUGACUCUGGAUUCGCCAUCUGGCGAUCCAGGUACGAAAGCAUCUGUUAUUUGCUCAACUGCGAUGUGCUCCAAUUUAUGGAAUUCGCCGCGGAUGUACGAACGGAUCUCUCUGCUGUUGUGCGAUUGUCCUGCAUAAUCCUGAAGGAGUGGAGAAUGUAGCAGUGUAUAGCGAAUGAUGUUCUUUUGCGAGAUUGGGACGAGAAACAGUUAGCAAUUGCGUCGUUCGUGCGCCGUUGCGAUAUCGCGAUAAAGGCAGGGUGGUGGGCGGAUCACGUCUCAUCGAGGUCGAUGAUCAACAAUCACGCGUCCCGCUCCCGCGAGCUCGAAGGCUGAAGGGCCGUGAUGUUGAGAUUCUUAUCGCGGCGAAGGGCGCGUAGCGUCAGCGGCCAGACCGCUUCGUCUCAGAUAAAAAAUCAGAGAUUGCACAGUAAUAAGAAUGUCGUGCAGUGCAGGGUGGUGCUGCUGGAUGGCACGGAUUUACCUAUAGAGUUGUCAAAAAAGGCCUUGGCUGGUGACUUAUACGAACAAGUAUUUUAUAGCUUAGACUUAAUAGAGAAAGAUUAUUUUGGAUUGCAAUAUACAGAUAGUAAUAAUGUUCAACAUUGGUUGGAUCCAACAAAACCUAUUAAAAAGCAAGUUAAAAUAGGACCACCAUACACACUUAGAUUAAAAGUAAAGUUCUAUUCUUCGGAACCAAAUACACUGCGCGAAGAGUUAACGCGAUAUCAAUUCUUUUUGCAAUUGAAGCAAGAUAUUUUCGAAGGCAAGCUUCAAUGUCCUCAUCAAGUUACAGUUCAGUUAGCUGCUCUGGCUCUUCAAUCUGAACUAGGAGACUAUGAUCCCACUGUACAUAGUGCCGCGACUGUCUCGGAAUUCCGUUUCGUGCCUGGUCAAACAGAGCAGAUGGAAUUGGAGAUAUUAGAGGAAUAUAUCAAGUGUAGCGGUCUUAGUCCAGCUCAAGCAGAAUCUACCUAUCUUAGCAAAGCCAAAUGGCUGGAUAUGUAUGGCGUCGACAUGCACACCGUCCUCGGAAAGGAUGCCUGCGAGUACUCUUUGGGAUUAACUCCAACUGGAAUUCUGGUUUUCGAAGGUUCGCAGAAAAUAGGGCUCUUCUUUUGGCCGAAAAUUGGCCGUUUGGAUUUUAAAAAGAAGAAACUGACGCUAGUGGUCGUAGAGGAAGAUGAUGAAGGCAGGGGCGAGCAGGAGCACACGUUCGUGUUUAGAUUGGUGAAUGAGAAGGCUUGCAAGCAUCUGUGGAAAUGCGCGGUGGAGCAUCAUGCUUUCUUCCGUCUGCGCGCGCCAGUCAAGGGCGCCAGCGGCCGUCAAAAUUUCUUCCGCAUGGGUUCACGUUUCCGUUAUAGCGGUAAGACGGAGUUUCAGACUACGCAACUAAAUAGAGCGCGCCGCACCGUGCAAUUCGAACGACGACCGAGUCAAAGGUACGCGCGACGACAGAGUCACGUUCUUCGUGAGCGACAACGUCAACAACAGCAAGUAGAUCAACCACAGCCAUCACCGCCUCCAGCCGAGGAAGAAUCCUUGCAGCGUCAGCCGAGUCGAUCUAGUACAAAAUCUAGUACGGACUCGUCGAGCGUCCAGGGUACAUCGUCGCCUUUGGUAGAUUCCUUGCUGAAAUCUCUUGCCAAAGAUCAACAACCUCUGGAAGCCAGGAACCAGACGACGAUUGUCAAUAGCGAGAAGGAAUCGGAGCCUAUGAAGACCAGUUUAACGGUCGAAACUAUCACUAAUCAAGUGCAGCUAGUGCCUAACAAUCAAGUGGGUGGAACGUUGUCGUUGCCCCCUCGAACACCGAUUCCACCGGAAUCUUUAAAGUGUAACAUACUGAAAGCAACUCUCGAGCAGGGCAAAAACUCAAAUUUGGUUUCCAUUACGUCCGCAGAUGGAUCGGGAGCGAUCACGAAAAAGAAUCAGCACUCGGAUGCUGCGACCAUCGUCUCCGUGGGCGGUGAUAAAUUGACUCUCUCCGUAAGCGGCGCGGCGACAGCGCUAAAUAAUCCUUCUACAGAUGAUGCUGUAACCGUAACGCAUUUCUCGCUGGACAGUUGGGGACAGAUCGAACAGAAGACAACACCGUUAAGUCCGAAAGUGUCGAAUCAAUCCCAAAAUCCUUUCAAUCCAUUCACUAACGACACUAGCAAUGACACAUCUAAUACACACGAAGUAGCUUCCGAGGAGGAAGUGAAACCGGAAGACGAUAAGAAAAAGAAUACCAAUCCGUUCAUAGAUUCGAAUCCGUUCUUGGGCAUACUCAAUCCCUUCAAAGAUUUACAGCCAGUUACAAUGGAGAAGAAAGUCGAGGCGGACACGGAAAAAACCGGAGCACGUGUCGUUAAAACCGAAGAGAUACAGACGACUACUACGACACUCACACACAAGGAUGAAAGUCAAGCGGUGUCAGACAUCAGUCCCUGGUUAGUGGCGGAUCCAUCGCAGAGUCCAACGCCUGAUCAAACACCAACUAAACAUACAGUCAUCACAAGAAAAACGGUAAUUACCACACAGUUAUAAAAUAUUUAUUAAGUACAAAGGAAAUAUAAUGUUGAUGUGCAAUACGCGAGAAAAUAGUAUCAACAUGUAUAUUUACUCUGAUCUUCCUCGGACUGCCUGCAUCUCUUUUACUCGAUGCACUUAUGCAGAGAAGAUUAUAGAAAUGCAUAAUGUUAGUAACAUGAUUAAAAUUGGGCACAUAAAAAUGAACUAUUUAUUAAAAAAAUACUUUUCAUCCGAAAAGAUUCUAAGUUGUACUUAAGUAUGUAAGAGCAGCUACACUAUUGGGAAGGCAUUGCUUAAGUCAUUAUUAUAAAUUUCUGUGUCGGUUAAUAAGGAUCAUUUUAUGAUGACCACAUAAGGAUUUGUGUAACGAAGCGAAUUUCUAUGUAUAGCACCACAAACAUUCCUUAAUUUUACAUAAUGCGUGUUAAGUUAACAUCUUAAACUUGCGCAUUGAUAAAAUAAGUGUCCUUAUCGCCCCUGCCAAUAUAUAUAUUGUAAGUAUAUAAGCAAGAGAUCUAUUCGUUUUAACUACAUGCGUUUUCUUUUUGCAAUUUGAUAUUAUUUUGAUAUUAUUUGAUAUUCUUUCUUCCUACUGAGCAUACGCUCAUUUCGCUUUAGAUGUAGACAAAGCUAUAACUAAAAUGAAUAGAUCUCCAUGGGACAACAUGUAUUGUUCAUGUUCGAAUCCACGCAUUUCUAAAGUAAUAUUUUUGUACUACUAAUCACUGUGCCUUAAAAUUUAACAUGGGAUGAACAAAUAUGUGAUUAUGCAAAUAUUAGGAAAUAAAAAAGACCCCGUAUUCGCUUUAUGACUGAUUAAAAAUAUAUAAGUAUAUUAUACUCCCGUUAUAUAAUAGCAUAUAAAUUAUAUAAAUAAUUUUUAUAAGAGUAUUUAUAGAUCUGACUAACAAUAAGACUUUUUAAAAACAGUUUUAUCGGCGAAUCAUAAAUUUGGUAUAAUUAAUCAGUUCGAUCAAUAAUAUUGAUUCUACUUUUUAAAAGACAUUUCUGUCGAUAAUAUAUUUAUAUAAUAUAUUAGAAUGACAAUACAAUAGAUGAACGAAUAAAGAUUUAAUACGAGUCGUCGUCAGUUUUAAAUAAAGCACAACUUGUGCCUCAAUCUUGCAGCUAUAAUGAUAUAUAUAUUCGUUUUUAAUAUUCCAUGUCUAUGAAACUAAAAUCGAAUUUUUAUGUAUAUAUAGCAGAAUAUAUUCUCCUGAGAUAUAUGUUUUUAUUUGUUCCUUUUUGAUUUAUAUAUUCUUCUCUCAUGCCAUAAUUUUGAUACAAAUUAUGAUAGAUAUAUCGCAAAAUAAUACGUCGUUAUUAAAUAUAAACAUAUAUACAGGAUGUUCCAGUUUAACCUUGUAUAGUUGUAACAUUCCAUUGCCCCGCAUGUAAUAACGUUAUAAUUGCCACAUCGAAGUGAUAUGACACAGUAUUUUAAUACAAACAAUGCAUUUAAUUACAAGCGGGACCUUAAUAGCAUUUGAAUGCUUGUUAUGCUUUAGAGAAAGGAAGCAGCUGUUCUCUUUAAUUGAUUCUCUUUUACAUUAUGUAAAACUAAAAACUAUAUAAAUCUAAACAUUGUAUUUAGUAUACAAUAUUUAAUAUUAUUGCAACAUAUCAUAUUUGAUUGAAAGAAUAUGUAUUUUAUUAAAUUUUAUUUAAUGUCGAGAAAUGUCGAGCGACAACACACACACACGUACAUAUAUAUAUAUAUAUAUAUAUAUAUAUAUAUAUAUAUAUAUAUAUAUAUAUAUGUAUGUAUGUAUAUACACAUAUAUAUACACACUAUGAUUUCAAAGCUAAUAUAUCCAUAUAUACAUUUUUAUA